ACAGGUAAAAAUGGUUGGAGGUUUGAGAUUUCUCACAACUCUAAAACUAGAGGUGGAGGUGGAAGAAGAGGUGGCGGAGGUGGUGGUCAUGGUCGGUCCGGUGGGGGUGGUUCUGAUUUGAAAUGUUAUGAGUAUGGUGAACCUGUUCAUUUUUCCCGGGAGUGUCAUUCUUCUCGUGGUUUUGGAGAGGGAGGAAGAUGUCGGAGCUGCAGUCCACCUCGAUUGCGUAGGAGCCCAAGUUAUGGGCUAAGGAGUUACAGUCCUCGUGAGCGCUCCCCUAGGCGGCAAAGCCCUUCUCCCCGUUGUCGUAGUCCUUCACCUCGUCGGUGCAGCUACAGCAGGUCACCUCCUCCUUAUCGUGGACGUGAGGCCGUAGCACAUGCUAACGGAAAUGGGUUAAGGGAUGCACCUCGUAGCAAAAGUUGAUUUUUAAAAAAUUAUUAAACAAUGCAAAGGUUAGAUCAUCUUUUCCUCCCUCUUAUUUUUAUGUGUUGAAAAUGUUUCAUUUUAUUGUACAACACCCAAACUUACAGUGGCAAAGGACAAAUAUUAGACAAAAGACGACUGAGCUCUGACAUUAUAUCAAAGCACCACUAGCAUUCUCACUAACUUAUGUUUUGGUAUUGCAUUCUCACAAUGAAAUUAACCGAGUGAGAUAUUUUAACGUGAUGACUGCAAAACUUUACAAAUACAAUACUUCUGUUGGCUAAAUCAUUCAAUAGAAUUGAUGCAUCAUCAUUUCGUAUGCGUACAUCCUUGUGCCAUGUAAUUAGUUUACAUUUAUAGUGAUAUUUAUUGUCGAUUUUGAAUGGCUUGUUUUCGUAUGCACACGGCCUGAUGAACAUCGAUGAUUCAAAUAGUUGUGAAUCAAACCGGAGUUAUAAGCAUUUCAGUUCGAUAGUUGCAUAGCAGCUGUUGUCACUUGUCAUCAACUUAGUAAGAACAUGAUGAUAAUAUAUUCUUAGCUUGUAAUGACAAUUUUGCAAAUUAUUUUAAUUUGUUUUUACCACUAUGUCUAUUUUUAGUAAGAACGUGAUGAUAAUAUAUGUGUAUUAUGAGAGACUAGAGUUGAAGUAUUUCUUACCACUGUCUAUUUUUAGUAAGUAAACUCAGCCAAAUUUAGAUUGUAGCUUUUCUGAUUGGACAAAUCAGUUGUCAACUUUGAUUCUAUGUCAAAAAAGUCCCUUCAUAAUGUCAAUUAAAACAAUUUUUUUCCACCUAAUGAAACAAUUUGAGAAUAACAUGUACCCCACGUACAUUUACUCCACACACACAUGGGUGAUGAUCCGAAACAAAAAGAGUAGUUUGUGGCUAGAUCCAUGUAAGACACUCACGUAACAGCAACGAAAAAUAACUGACCAUUAUUCAAAGUUCCCUUACUUUUUGAGCAAUGCCGACGGCGUCUGUGAAAUCUGCCUCUUGUGUAUUUCACAAGAGUUUCUAAUUAUUAGUCCACUAUGGAUAAGAUAGAACUAGAAGUAAGUUUUAAAUCUGCCUCUUGUGAAUGGAAGCAUUUAUUAACAUUUAUAUACAAAUUGUUUCUAUAAUCAAAGGUAAGAAAGUGGGGCAGUAGGAUAGGUAAGAGUUUAAGGGGGUUACGUGAAAUGUACUCUAUAUGAGCUCUCUCUCUAUCUCUCUCUCUCUCUCUCUCUCUCUCUCUCUCUCUCUAUUCUUUCUCUUCUAUUCAUAUCUAUGGAUCGUAGUUGGAUGCAAAAAAAAACGCUCAAGUGAAGAGUAUAAAAAAGGAGUGUUAGAGUUUUUAACAUUUGUCGAAACUAAUCUUCCCAAAAGUAAUGGACGAUUUCAUUGUCCUUGUGCUAAGUGUGUGAAUAUUGCACCUUUAAAUGCUAACAUCGUAUGGGAUCAUCUUUUGAUAGAAACCUAUAUAUAAUGAGCUUAUUCUUAUGUUUUCAAGUUUUUUUCUUUCAAAAUGAUAACCUCUUGUUCCUUUCAAACUGUCUGUUGUAUUUACUUGUGCUUUGUUUCUUAAUAGUUUUAUAACAUAUAAGCUAACUAGUAUUAUAUAUUUUCAAAAUAACACUUCGACAGAUGUACUCUAAAAGUAAGUGUGUAAUGCCUAUUUUCACGGGUCAUUAUAUACCUGCAUUUCCUUAUGGCAGCAUCAAUGAAGUUCUGUUUCUAAAUAGAUUUUGAGCUAAUAAAUUUUU